GCGGUUUUGGAUGUUGCGUACUUUGGGUGCUGCGGUCUUGGACGCUUUGAUACGGACCCGUUUCCGUCGCGAUGAGUGGCCGCCGCCGUCGCCGAUUUCCGUUCGCGAGUCAGCUGUUGGUCGAUGCGGUGUGUUGCCGGCUGUGAUUGUCAAUUGUGAAGUACAAAUUUGUGUUUACAUUGCAUGGUGUAGGGAAAUAAGAGGAACAAUAUGGGGUUCAAGUUCCUGGAGAUCAUCAAGCCAUUUUGUGGCUUACUGCCAGAAAUUGCAAAACCAGAGAGGAAAAUCCAGUUCCGAGAAAAAGUAUUAUGGACAGCUGUCACCCUAUUUAUCUUCCUAGUUUGCUGUCAGAUUCCCUUGUUCGGCAUCAUGUCGUCCGACUCUGCCGACCCGUUCUACUGGAUCCGAGUGAUCCUGGCUAGUAACCGCGGCACCCUCAUGGAGCUGGGCAUCUCGCCCAUCGUCACUUCGGGCCUCAUCAUGCAGCUGCUGGCCGGAGCCAAGAUCAUCGAGGUCGGCGACUCGCCAAAGGACCGCGCCCUCUUCAACGGCGCUCAGAAACUGUUCGGUAUGAUCAUCACGGUGGGCCAGGCGAUCGUGUACGUGCUGACGGGCAUGUACGGCGACCCGUACGACAUCGGCGCCGGCGUGUGCCUGCUCAUCAUCCUGCAGCUGUUCGUGGCCGGCCUGAUCGUGCUGCUGCUGGACGAGCUGCUGCAGAAGGGAUACGGACUCGGCUCGGGCAUCACGCUUUUCAUCGCCACCAACAUCUGCGAGACCAUCGUCUGGAAGUCGCUCAGUCCGGCCACCGUCAACACCGGUCGCGGUACCGAGUUCGAGGGCGCCCUGAUCGCGCUGUUCCACCUGCUGGCCACGCGCCAGGACAAGGUGCGCGCUCUGCGCGAGGCCUUCUACCGGCAGAACCUGCCCAACCUGAUGAACCUGCUCUCCACCCUGGUCAUCUUCGCCGUGGUCAUAUACUUCCAGGGCUUCCGUGUGGACCUGCCGAUCAAGUCAGCCCGCUACCGCGGCCAGUACAGCAGCUACCCCAUCAAACUGUUCUACACGUCCAACAUCCCCAUCAUCCUGCAGUCGGCGCUCGUCUCCAACCUCUACAUCAUCUCACAGAUGCUGGCGGUCAAGUUCCACGGAAACUUCUUCGUCAACCUGCUGGGUGUGUGGGGUGACGUGGGUGGCGGCGGCCCGGCGCGUUCGUACCCGAUCGGCGGCCUCUGCUACUACCUCUCGCCGCCCGAGUCGCUCGGUCACAUCGCCGAGGACCCACUGCACGCCCUGCUCUACAUCGUCUUCAUGCUGGGCUCGUGCGCCUUCUUCAGCAAGACGUGGAUCGACGUGUCCGGCUCGUCGGCCAAGGAUGUGGCCAAGCAGCUGCGCGAGCAGCAGAUGGUGAUGCGCGGCCACCGCGAGAAGUCGAUGAUCCACGAGCUGAACCGGUACAUCCCCACUGCGGCGGCGUUCGGCGGCCUCUGCAUCGGCGCGCUGUCCGUCAUCGCCGACUUCAUGGGCGCCAUCGGCUCCGGCACCGGCAUCCUGCUGGCCGUCACCAUCAUCUACCAGUACUUCGAGAUCUUCGUCAAGGAGCAGAGCGAGAUGGGCGGCAUGAGCACGCUGCUGUUCUGAGAAGACGCUCGGUGACGCGCGAGCGGCGGUGAGCGGCGAUCGCUCACGGUGAGCGGCGAUCGCUCACGAGGUGUUGUGGUUCGCGCGGGUAAAUAAUAUGGCGCGACGGACCUUGGACGGGGCGGGUUCGACUCGGGGAGUCGCAGACAUUUGUUUUGUACGAGUGUGACAGAUUUAGAUGUUUAAAUAUAAGAUUUGUGGAA